AUGAAUAAGUUUAGACAUCUCCUGACAUUAGUUUGCUUCCUUGCCGUGUGUCUUCAAAGCUCGUUUGGAGCGCGAAUCCUGUCCGUGAAUGUGUUCCCCGGGCGUAGCCACUGGAUGAUGAUCAGUAGCAUUUUGGAGGAACUACUCGACCGUGGCCAUGAGGUGACGGUUAUCACAAACUAUCCAAGAAAGAAACCUCAUCCGAAUCUCACGGAGAUAGUCAUCGAUCCCAUCUACGACUUUUGGGGCAAAUCGGUCAAGGUGGACUCGCUGUACGAGCUAACCGACAUCUCUAUACAUCAAAUGUUGAUGGAAUUCCUUUAUCCGUUGGGUCUACAAACGGCAGAGUAUGCGUACACACGCGAUAAUGUGAUGGACUUUCUGCGUAAUGAUCAGACUCAGUUUGAUCUACUACUUGCCGAGCAGUUCUACCAGGAAUCGUACCUAAUGUUGGCGCAUAAGUACAAAGUGCCGAUCGUGUCCAUAGGAACAUUCGGCUUCGCCCAGUACAUGGGUCCAAUGCUGGGUCUUAUGAAUGCCUGGUCACACGUUCCCCACGAGUUUCUCCCGUUCACCGAUCACAUGUCCCUGUACCAAAGAGCGUACAACUCGUUCGUCAGUUCGUACGAACUUUUCCUGCGCUCCUGGUACUAUCUUCCCGAACAGCAGGCAAUGGCGGAUAAGCACUUCUCAUUUCUUCCCGGUCCCUUGCCUCGGUUGAGUGACCUCGAGCGACAGGUGUCGGUGAUUCUACUGAACAGCUAUCCCCCACUCACAUCGACACGUGCGAAGGUCCCUGGCCUGGUACAGGUGGGAGGCUUACACAUCAAGGAACCAAAACGACUUCCGGACGAUCUGCAAACCUUCAUCGAUGGCGCAAAGGAUGGUGUGAUUUUCUUCAGCCUUGGUACAAACCUUCGCUCGGCUGACAUGCCACCGGAGAAGCUAUCCGUCAUACUGAAAGUGUUUCGUGCCAUGAAGCAGCGUGUUGUGUGGAAGUUUGAGGACGAAGGCAUCAAAAACUUACCGCCCAACGUGCUGGUACGCAGCUGGUUACCCCAGAGUGAUAUUCUUGGGCAUCCUAAUGUGAAGGUGUUCAUUACCCACGGUGGUUUGCUGGGGACGCAGGAGGGUGUACACCGGGCGGUACCGAUGGUAGGCAUACCGAUCUACUGUGAUCAGCAUCUGAACAUGAACAAAGCCACCCUGGGCGGGUAUGCGGUGAAGCUGUACUUUCCCAACAUAACCGAAGAAUCGUUCCGAUGGGCGCUGGAAGAGGUUUUGUACAAUCCGAGCUACAAAGCGAACAUGCAGAAGGUGUCACAGAUUUUCCGCGAUCGUCCGGUACCGGCGUUGGAUGAAGCUAUCUACUGGAUAGAGUAUGUGAUACGCUACAAGGGCGCACCACAGCUACGAUCGGCCGGACUGGACCUACCGUGGGUUAGCUUUGCGUUGCUUGAUGUGAUUGCAUUGAUCGCGAUCGUUUUGCUGGGAGGAAUAAUUUUGCUACGUCGCACCGUAGGCAAACUGUUUGGUGGAAAAAAUACGAAAAGAAAGCAAAAGAAUGAAUGA